AUGGGUACUUGCUAGGGUUUAUUAGUGCGUUUGCAGCUGCCACUCUCUUUCUCUUUCUCUUUCUCUUUCAGAAGAUAGCCGUAAAAAAGCUCUCUUUCUUCUUCCUUUCUCUCUUCACACAACUUUUGCUCCCGACAAAACGCAAAACCGUGUCUUUUUUUCUCAACGCGAGGUUGUUGAUUCCUUUUGAUUCGUAAAUGAUCCAAGACGGAUCGGGAUCCGCCGAGUAACUGAUCUUACGCCGCUUCCUCCUCCUCCGCUUCCGCCGUCUUUAGAAAGAUCGACUUUCAUAGGGUUCCGAUUUCAAGAUGGAGACUUUGAAUCCCUCCUCAGCUAACAAGCGAGCUUUCUCUUCUCCCUCAUCUAAAAGGUCUGAUGGGUCUGAUCCGUUGGAACAUGGGUUGGAUCGGGAGCUUACUUUCAGCAGAACCAUCCGCAAAAUCGGUGCGGGUCUGGAGAAUCUCGGGAAUACAUGUUUUCUCAAUUCGGUAGUGCAGUGUUUGACUUACACGGAGCCUUUAGCUGCUUACCUGCAAGAUGUGGGCCAUGGGAGACGAUGUCAUAUGGCUGGGUUCUGUGCUUUAUGUGCAAUGCAGAAGCAUGUCAGGCUUGCUCUUCAAGCUAGUGGCAAAAUAGUAGCACCCAAAUAUUUGGUCUCCAACUUGCGAUGCGUAUCAAGAAACUUCAGAAACUGUCGACAGGAAGAUGCACAUGAAUACAUGAUCAACUUGCUGGAGUGCAUGCACAGGUGUUGUUUGCCUUCUGGUGUACCAAGUGAAUCCUCUGAUGCUUACAGGAGCAGCUUGGUUCACAAAAUAUUUGGUGGUAGCCUCCGUAGUCGGGUGAAAUGCGCGCAAUGUUCACAUUGCUCAGACAAGUUUGAUCCGUUUCUUGACCUGAGUCUAGACAUUUCGAAGGCAGAUUCACUGCAGAGAGCACUUUCACGCUUCACUGCUGAUGAGCUCUUAGAUGAUGGUGCAAAAGUUUACCAGUGUGAAAGAUGCAAGCAGAAGGUUAGGGCUGUAAAACAGCUAACUGUUUCUAAAGCGCCUUAUGUCCUAACUGUACAUCUCAAACGGUUCGAAGCGCACAGAUCCGAAAAAAUCGACAAGAAGGUCCAGUUUGCCUCUGCAGUUGACAUGAAACCUUUUGUCAGUGGUCCCUGUGCAGGUAAUUUGAAGUACACUCUAUAUGGUGUUUUGGUUCAUUAUGGUCGAAGUAGUCAUUCUGGUCACUACGCCUGCUUUGUUCGCACUUCAAGUGGCAUGUGGUAUUCCCUUGAUGACAACAGGGUUUCCAAAGUUAGUGAGAAUACUGUGUUCAAUCAGAAGGCGUAUAUGCUAUUCUAUGUUCGUGAUAGACAAAACCCAGCCCCAAAGAACACGGUUGCCGUGGUUAAUAAAGAGACUCCCAGAGAGAGCGUUGCCACAAACAGAGCUUCUUUGAAUAUAUUCUCUAGCCGAAAUGAUCAAGUGAAUGGCUCAGGUGUCAUGAAAGCAUCUAGUUUAAAGGCUCCUGUAGCCAAUAGUAUAGCACCCUUGAGAUCAUGUGAUAAAGGUUCUCCUGCUGUCUUGACCCAAAAAGAUUUGAAUGCUAAAGAGACUCAGAAAGAUGCCCCAAGCAUUGUAGAGGCAAAAGGGAUACUAAAGAGGGAAAAUGAUACAGAACCAUUAGAAUCAUGUGAUAAAGGUGCUCCUGCUGUCUUGGCCCAAAAAGAUUUAAAUGCCAAAGAGACUCAGAAAGAACUUUCCAGCAGUGUGGAGGCAAAUGGGAUCCUUAAGAGGGAAAAUGGUUCAGCACCCUUGAAACCAUGUGAUCUACGUGCUCCUGCUGUCUCAACACAGAAAGUUUUAUGUACCAAAGAGACCCUUCAGAAGGAAGUGCCACUUCCACAGGCUAAUGGGGAAGUAUCUUUGGUAAAGUAUGGUUCCAAGGCUGCGUGCACAGUAUUACUAGGGAAGGAUUCUCUUCUCCUGGAAGGCAGCACAAACACUCAAAUUCUCGUCAACUUGCCUGCUUCCGCAGCUAAAGAUGGAAAUAACUUGAAAGAGGCUGCCAAUUCACUGAAGGUUAGAGAUGUAUCGGUUGGUAAUUCUCCUAUUGAAGAAGCUGUUCAUGUUAAUCAGACUUUGGGACGUCAGUUGGAGGGUUCGGCCACUUCCAUUGAGUCAGUGAAAGCAAGUUCUGAUGAGGGGACACUCACCACACCAAGAAAAACUCGCAAGGGUAGCAUGAAAACCCUGAAGGUGGGAUUCAAAUCUUUUAAGCUGACCUUGGGCGUACGCAAAAAGAAGAAACAGAAAAAGAGAAGAUCAAGUGCUACAGAUCAAGAGCGUUCCACUUCACAGAUAACUAGCGAAGUUGCUUCUUCUGGCUCGGGUUGCUUGUAUGGAAAGGAUAACUGUGUCAAUCUCCAUGAUGAAAAGAUAAGGAGUCGUAAUGGGAAUGUGUUGCUUGGCUCUCCAGCCGUAGAGCUCAAGGAGAGAAGUAAUCAAAAUGGUGCCGUUCUUGCGUCAGACCAAGAGCAAACGUUGAAGAGCUCUGACAUGUCUGAAGCAAGCCAAAACGCCAAAAGAAAGAGAGAGAGCGCAAAAGAAGAACAAAACUCUUUACAAAAAGAACAGGUGACCAUUCUUACACGUGGUUUGCCAGAGACAGUGGUUGCCAAAUGGGAUGAGGAAGUUUCAGCUUCUAAGAUGGGAAAGAGUGAAGAAGACUCGAGAAUCGGAUAUGUAGCAGAUGAGUGGGAUGAAGAAUAUGAUAGAGGGAAGAAGAAGAAGAUAAGGAUGAAAGAGGAGAUGUAUGCAGGGCCGAACCCGUUCCAGUUGUUUCCGUCGAAGAAACAACAUACAGAUACAAAGAAGAAAUGGACGCAACGCAUGAAUACUGCAAAGACAGGCUUCCGGAUAUGAUGAAUAAGUAAGACCAUCCAUAAUCUAUUAAAAAAAAAAAAAAUUGUAAUCCACAUGUUGCUGCUGUAUUUGCCUUGAGAGUAGUAAUGUUAACAAGAGAGGUUAUAUAGACACUAGAAGUUGUUUUCAUCUCUUGUCCUCAGUUUUGUUCUGUUUGUGAUGAAACAAAGAGUUGACACAUCCCCUUACUCUUUAAACUCUCGUCUUGUAGUAUCUCUUUUUGCUCCACCAAUAAUAAUAUGCUUAUUCAUUUA